CUGACCAGGUGUCUGGCAUUCCCUCUGAGUUGUCUUCCUGUGCCACUGCAUCCCAGGACGCAGCCAGAGAAGAGGGACGUUGGUACCAUGAAGCUAUUAAGGCGAAGGCUGGUGCUCGGAGCUCUGCUGGGCACAGUUUUCUUGGGGUUGCUGGUGGGUCAGCUGCUAGAAUCCUGGACGUCUUCAAUGAAUCUGAGGCCUCCAUCCCCAAGGAUCUCUUUGAGGAAGUUUGAGUGGCAGGCUCGGACACCACACCCCUUGGACCUGAAUUAUCCUUAUCCCUACCCCUUCCUGAUCAACCAUCCUGACAAGUGUAAAGGUCCCAAAGGUGCCCCCUUCCUGCUCAUGCUGGUGAUGACCCAGCCCCAGGAGGUGGGGGUGCGCCAAGUCAUCCGGGAAACAUGGGGCAACGAAACCUUGGUGCCCAAUGUGGCCAUCUGUCGUGUCUUUGUUCUUGGCCUGCCCCAACCCCUCUUUGCUCAAGAAAUUCAGGCCCUCCUGGAGGAGGAGGACAAGGAGCAUGGCGAUAUCCUUCAGGUGGGCUUCCUGGAUACAUACCGCAACUUGACUCUCAAGGUCCUCAUGGGGCUGGAAUGGAUGGCCCAGUACUGUCCCACUGCCCACUAUGUGCUCAAGGUGGACAGUGACGUCUUCUUAAACCCCAGCUUCCUAGUACAUCAGGUGCUGCAUCCUGAGAGACCCACACAGCUGAACUUUAUCACAGGUUACAUCUACCUUGACUCAGAACCCCAACGGAGCUUGGAUGACAAGUGGUACAUGCCACCUGAGCUGUAUCCCCAAGACAAGUACCCUGUAUACUGUGCCGGCCCAGGCUAUGUGCUGUCUGCCUCCCUGGCCAUUAGGAUCCUGGCUAUGGCCCAGAGAGUCAAGGCCAUCUACUUGGAGGAUGUGUUUAUUGGAUUGUGCAUCCAGGAGCUGGGGAUAAAACCCACACCUGCCCCUCCUGAUGCUUUUUUGAUCAUCCGGCAGGAAUAUGAACAUUGUGCCUUCCAUCAACUCGCCCUGGUUCACCAUUUCAAGCCCCAGGAGUUGCUACAGUUAUGGCCAGACUUCCAGACAGUCAAUGACACUUGUCCCAUGGAAUGAGAGACUGACACAUACUCCCUUUCCCCUCAGUCUGGUCAGACAGAGAGAAUAGUCACUGGCCUUGACCCUGAACAUUUUCCAGAAUUUGCCUUUGGGAUGUGUAAGACCCUGGAUUCCCUGGAUCUGAGUGCCAAUUCAGACCCUCCCCCCAGUCAUGCUCACUUGGCAUACUCUUCAGCAUUCCCAGAGUCUGCUUGCAUACCUUGAUGGGGAAGCUCAGAGUUGUGCUUUGGGAUGCCACAACUCUACUGCCCCAGACAAGAUGAUCCAAGGUACCCUGUGUGUCUGUAUCACAGCUUACAAGGCCCAUAGCUUAUAAGCCCUCUCCAAUUACCUCAACUAGUCAAUCAAAGGACAUGAUUCAAAUCAAAGCUAUUUAAUGAUACAGAAUAGUAAGAAACUAGCAAUAAAAAAUUUCCCUCCAAAACCCUGAUACUCUUAAGGAACACAUGCGGAAAGGCAGACGCGUAGGAAAGGUGUGUGUGGCCAGGGCACAUGUGUGGAAGGGCAAUUCAUCUCUCUAGUGUGACAGGGCUAAUGAUGUCCCUGAUGACAUCAUCGAGUUAGUUCUAUUGAGUUUGCUCCUCGCUGCGCACAUACAGUCUCAGCUAUGUGUUGCUUCUGGCUGACCUCAAAUGACUACUUUUCUGGUAGUUCUCCUGGUCUCAAGGUCUCAGCUCUCUGCUGCUAGGCAUGAUUCCAUUGGGUGUGAGAUCAUGGAGCUUCUGACUUUAUCUGAAAUUCUCAGCUUGGGUGCUAUCUCUUGUUUCUAGGAGACUGAAUAGGCUCUGCUACUAUCUAAGACAUCUCUUUUAGCAGAAGACUGAAGCCAUCCAGUCAUUCGACUUGAGAAACAAAUUCUUAACAGUUUUUCCCCCUCUCUUCAGGAAGGUCUAGCAGUUUCUCAGAGACUUAGCUGGAAUGGUCAUUUCCUCUCCAGGAGAGUCCUUGCCCCAGGCAUUAAACUCUGAAAUAUGGAGCAGUCACAGAUAAUUAGUGCCCUCAGGCAGAAAUCUGCUUUUGAACAGUAUAUCCUGGUCACUGAGAUCUGCAACUAUAUAUACAUCCAGAAGCAAAACUUCAGCAGAAUUUAAUCUCACCCUAGGUCAGCAUAGACCUUUCCCUUCAGAUAUAAUUCUGGGUAUGAGGAGUCAGUAUGGUACAUAGAAAGAACUAGGGAUUUGGAUUGAGAAGACAUGGAUUGGAAUCCAAGCUCAGGUCUUUACUACCAGUGUGACGUUGGCAAGUCAUUUGCAUGCCCUCUCUGGGCCUCAGUUUCCCCAUAUGUUAAGUAGUGGAAUUGAAGUAGAGGAUCUCUAAACUCUCUUCCAGCUCUAAAUCCCAUAAUCCCAUGACUUUCCCAGCUCCUCUAUUCAGUAGGUGGUUAAUAAAUAUUUGUUGAACGAUAAGAGUCUCUCUGACUGGGAAUCAGGAGACCUGGGUUCUAAA